AUGCGAAGGGAUGUAGAAAACUAUAUUCAUAGUUGUGAUACAUGUCAACGUUUUAAAGCUAGAACUCAAAAGCUCGCUGGAAAGAUGAUCUCGAACGUGGUGCAUGAGCCGUGGUAUACUAUUGGUAUAGAUAUCACUGGUCCAUUACCUCGAAUAAAAAGAGGUAAUGAAUACAUUUUAGUAGUCGUAGACUACUUCACAAAAUGGGUGGAAUUAUUUCCAUUGCAAAAUACGCGUUCAAUCAGUAUAGCACAAACACUUCAUGAUGAAGUUAUUUGCCGUUUUGGAUGUCCAGUUAGGAUCAUCUCAGAUAAUGGAUCACAAUUUGUUUCAGAAAUAUUUGAAGAAACUCUACGUCUUCUUCAAAUAGAACACCGCCGAACUGCUCUCUAUCAUCCGCAAACUAAUCUAUCAGAGCGGAUUAAUAAUACACUAAAAACGAUGAUAGCAGGAUAUGUAGAUAAAGAUCGAAGUAAUUGGGACAUAAAACUUCCGCAGUUAGCUUUUGCUAUGCGAACUGCGAUACAUGACAGCACUGGAGAAUCUCCGGCUUUUCUGAUGUUCGGUCGCGAGCCUCGAUUACCGCUCGACGUGUUAUUUGGUUUAAAUAACCGAACGAGUGAUCGACAUGUAAACAAUCGCGAAGUUCGAAAUUAUCGCGAUCGACUUAUAAGUAAUCUUUUGCCUGCUUUCGACUUCGUACGUCAGAAUCUAGAAAUCGCACAACAAAACCAACGUUCAAACUAUAAUCAACAUCGCAAAGAUGUACAUUUUAAAGUAGGCGAUCUGGUGAUGAUGGCUACUACAGUCGGCAACGCUUUAAGCAAAUGGAAAGCUCCUAAGCUAGAACCGCGUUGGAUCGGUCCAUUCCAAAUUACGAAGACUUAUAAGUAA